GCUAAUGGUCGGGCACGUUCUUGUUUAGGGUAAAGCUCAAAGCUCAAGCCGCUUCUAUCUCUCUACAUUUCUCUUUCUGCAAUGGCGAGAAUAGUGCGUGUGGCUAGAUCCUCCUCCCUCUUUGGCUUUGGAAACCGUUUCUACUCCACCUCCGCCGAAGCUAGCCAUGCGUCGUCUCCUUCGCCGUUUCUUCACGGCGGCGGAGCUCGCAGGGAUGUUGCCAAGGAUAGGAAUGUCCAGUGGGUGUUUUUGGGGUGUCCUGGUGUCGGAAAAGGAACUUACGCUAGUAGACUGUCGACCCUUCUCGGCGUUCCUCAUAUCGCCACCGGCGAUCUCGUCCGUGAGGAACUUGCUUCGUCUGGACCUCUCUCUCAAAAGCUAUCGGAGAUUGUAAACCAGGGAAAAUUGGUUUCUGAUGAGAUUAUAGUAGACCUAUUGUCCAAGAGACUUGAGGCUGGUGAAGCCAAAGGUGAAUCAGGGUUUAUUCUUGAUGGCUUUCCUCGUACCAUGAGACAAGCUGAAAUACUGGGAGAUGUAACUGACAUUGAUUUGGUAGUGAAUUUGAAGCUACCUGAGGAAGUUUUGGUUGACAAAUGCCUCGGGAGGAGAACUUGUAGCCAAUGUGGUAAGGGUUUCAAUAUCGCUCACAUCAACUUAAAGGGUGAGAAUGGAAAACCUGGAAUUAGCAUGGAUCCACUUCUCCCUCCACCUCACUGUAUGUCAAAGCUUAUCACUCGAGCUGAUGAUACUGAAGAGGUGGUGAAAGCAAGGCUUCGUAUAUACAAUGAAACGAGCCAACCUCUUGAAGAAUACUACCGUAGCAAGGGAAAGCUUAUGGAGUUUGACUUACCUGGAGGCAUCCCAGAGUCAUGGCCAAGGCUACUGGAAGCUUUAAGGCUUGACGAUUACGAAGAGAAGCAGUCUGCUGUGGCAUAGUUCACAAUCAAAUCCCGGUAUUUAAAUUCUUUGCAUGUGGAAGACAUAUGCCUAAUCAAUUUUGUGUUGGAAAUAAAAGUAAAGAAAAAAACCUUAGAUUGUUUUCACCUCAAUAGAAAUAAUCAUACACACUUGCAAACUAUUAUUUUUCCAUGAACCGAGACCGAGGUUUCGGCUCCAUAAGAGAAAUAUGCUGUAUCAUGAUGGUUUGAGUUUGCUAGCGAGCAGUGACAUUACAGGAAUGUAUGAAUACUUCUACACUACUUGAUAUGCAUUGGGUUUGAUCUUUAUGCUCUUGUGAUAUAUUUGUUGGAGAAUAUGAUGAAAUUGCGGCUGGCCGAGCUGGCUGGUUAAAGAACUCUACCAGACAGUAAAGUAAAACAGCCGCAUAGAUCAAAUGGGAACUUAUAACCAGCUCUUGACUGUCCUAGAAUUGGCGGUGCGGGAUAGAAUUGUUCCUUACAUUUUGGGAAAGAUGCUCAUUUAUCGGACAUUGUGUAUUACUUGCUCUGUUCCUGUAUGUGAUCAAAACGUAGCUUCUGUUUUA